AUGCGCCAGACAGCGAAUACGGACAUUCGCCAUGGGUGGAACUGGGCGCUUUUACCUCGCCGCGACAUUUCCCCCCCAAUGCCCGAAUACAGCGGCUAUGACUAUGCCCCCUCCCACCCCAUGAUGGCCGUCGAUACGCCCUAUGGCAUGUCAAUACCGCCGCCCUACGCCUCGAUGCCGCUGCCCAUGCCCUCGCAUUCCUGGCCCAGCAUGCUCACUACGCAAUCGUCGUUCGGCGAGUCCGGGUUGCCCCCCGCGGCAAUUCUCAAUUCCGUGUCGCCGUCGGCGCCCAUGCCGCCAAUUCGCAAGACUUCGACGGGGGCCUUAUUUGGCGUGGAGCGAAGCACCGUUUCCAAAGUACUGCGCCAAAAGGAGAAAUAUCUCAACCCAGACGAUGGCAGUCGAUCUCCCAUCAAACGGGCCAAGGGCCGAGUCCCCGAUAUCGAGAAAGCCCUAUCCAACUGGGUGCGCAACUACCAUCGCCAGGGAUUCCCGCUCAACGACGAGAUGAUCAAGGAGAAAGCGCUGUUCUUCGCCAGCACCUGCGGAUGUCCAGAGGGCAAGGAGAAAGUGUUGACGACGAGCUGGUUGGAGAAAUUCAAGAACAAGAACGGGCUGGUCGGCGCCAAGUCGCGCAAAGGAUCAAUUGAUGCCCGUAGCGGAUCCAACAGCCCGACGCGCAUCAACACCGACUCUGCGGGCGAAUCUGCAAUCCAGAGCCCUAGUGGGCCUUCACCUACCUCACCCACGAACGGGUUUGGAUCGCCACUGUCCCCAACCCAGAGCCAGGAGGGCGUGAAGAAAGAGCUGGCUGAGGCACUGCCCGACCUGGCUGGCGGCUACCAGCACGGCCAUUCCAAGAGCACGACCUCGCUGGACACGACCUCGUCGGCAGGGAUGGUCAGCCCAACCUCAACGCUGGUCUCUGACAGCCCGUUCACGCCUACCAGCCAGUCUCGUCUGCCCUCCAGCGGCACCAGCACCCAGCCCAGCCGACCACGCAGCCAGACCUUUCCCCUGGUCCCCAUCGACCCGAGCCUCCUAUCAGUCGACGAGUCAAUGGACCACCACCAUCACCACCACCACGAGCACCAGAGCAACACCAAACCAGACCUGCACCGGCCGGUAUCAGUAGCAGUCCUCGACUCGCCCCUGGAGAUGGGCGACAAUCGCACACUGGAGCAGACCAACGUGAUCAAGCGCAACCGCAGCAACCCCGAGAUCAAGACCAAGGUCAUGCACCCGCCGUCAAAACCCAGCACUGUCUCGCCCGUGGGGUCACCGCCGGGCUCACCUACCCAGGACGAGGCUCGUCGAGCCCUCGAACUCGUUAUGAACUACUUCCAGCACCAGCCUGCCGGGCUUGCGGCUCAGGAGUAUGUGACUAUCGGCAAGCUGAUGGAGAGGCUUGAGCUGGCGAAGAGCCACCAGAGUACGCUCCUCGGUGGGCUGACGCGCAUCGAUGAACACGAGGAUGUGCCCCGUGUGAGCAAGAAGCGGAUUAUCCAUAACCUGGGCUGA